CCACGCGUGGCGGUGCCGCGCGAGCGGGCGGCGGGGCGAGCACACAUCCCGCACGUAGCCCGCGUAUUAAUCAGCGCGGGGCCAUCUGCUGCCUCGGUCCAUAAAUCGGGCGAGGGUUGCCGUGCGCGGUUCCCACACGGCCCCGUGGGGGGGGAGGUCCCGCAGGCUGCUGGGGCGGCGGCGGCAGCAGCGCGGGGUUCCGGCAGCACCGCUGCCUCCGCACGCCGGGCCGCGGAGCCCAGCCCGUCCCGUCCCGCCGCGGCGAAAGUUUUGCCUCGCCUCGCCUGGCCCCGCGCCGCGGCGGAGCCCCUGCCCGGCUCGGCCUGGAGCCGGCGGCGGCCCGGCGGUCGUCGCCUCCCGAGGCGGGCGCCGGCAGGGCAGCGGCGCGCCCGUCCCCGCAGCGCCAUGCCGCUGGGGCACAUCAUGAGGCUCGACCUGGAGAGAAUCGCCCUGGAGUACGUCGUGCCCUGCUUGCACGACAUCGGCUUCUGCUACCUGGACAACUUCCUCGGGGAGGUGGUGGGGGACUGCGUGCUGGAGCGGGUGAAGCGGAUGCACCGCGACGGGGAGCUGGCCGACGGGCAACUGGCCGGCCCCAGCCGCGGCGUCGCCAAGCGGCACCUCCGCGGCGACCAGAUCAAGUGGAUCGGGGGCACGGAGGAGGGCUGCGAGGCCAUAAACUUCCUCCUCACGCUGAUAGACCGGCUGGUGAUGUACUGCGGGAGCCGGCUCGGCAAGUACUACGUGAAGGAGAGAUCCAAGGCUAUGGUUGCUUGCUAUCCUGGAAAUGGAACUGGGUAUGUUCGUCAUGUGGACAAUCCAAAUGGCGAUGGGCGCUGCAUCACCUGUAUUUAUUACCUGAAUAAGAACUGGGACUCCAAGCUGCAUGGUGGAAUUCUUCGGAUAUUCCCAGAAGGGAAGUCCUAUGUAGCAGAUGUUGAGCCAAUUUUUGACAGAUUACUUUUUUUUUGGUCAGAUCGAAGGAACCCACAUGAAGUCCAGCCCUCUUAUGCAACCAGAUAUGCCAUGACUGUGUGGUAUUUUGAUGCUGAAGAAAGAGCAGAAGCCAAAAAAAAGUUCAGGAACUUAACCGAUGCAAGGAAGAGAGAAGCACCUCUUAACGAAGACUAAUCAACUGUUCCUGAACUCUUUGUGAGGCAAUAAGGUCCCGAAGAUGACUUAAAUUUCCAGCGAACAAGGGCAAAUUCUAGUUAGGCACACAAAUGCAGUGGUUGUGUCUAGCAUGUGCAUCUUAUAUUGAUGGUACUUAAGGCAGCCUCCUGUCAUGCCUGCAUCUGGCAGAAGGAACACUUGUUUUCUAUUUGCCUUUUGCUGGAAAAAGUAACAGGGUUUAAAAAAAAAGAGUAUCACUAAGCCUAGUGGUAGUGGCUCAGCCAACUGGCUUUUGAUCACUCUUGUAACCAAGAUAAUGAUCAUUGGAACUAGCGGUAAAAACCUGAGUCUUAUUUGCACUUUAUGGGGGGGUGGGGAAAUCUAGCUCAAUGGAAAGGAGCUUUACAAGUUUGAAAAAAUCUGUGGCAGACUGCUAAUGGCCAAGGAGAGAUACCGGGAAUAUGAAAUUAAACUGGAUCGUUGCAGAGUGUCAUCUUAUGGCCUAUCCCACGUGGGCCUGUCGAUGUACUGUUCACCACUUUGCUGCGCAGAACAUUGGCUCAGCUCUUUGACAGCAUGACUUUCCAAACAGAUUUUUGUCUACACAGUCAUCGCAUUUCCUGGAUUUUGUUUGCUUUUCAAGAGUUAAGUUCUAGCUUGCAAUUGCGCUGCCCUUUCUGUCCCAGGACUGAGGGGGAAGUAGUUAUGCAUCUGUCCACAACUUUGUAAAGCCAUUUCCUUUCUGUUCUGAGUGGGGUGGAUUGUACGGUUUCUAUUUUCAUGGUUUGGUAAGGCAGCUGUUCUCUCCCAAAAGUUUGGUAAACUUGGAAGGCUGAUGGCACACAAUGCAUUGUCAGUAAAGACCAAUGAUACAUAGAGUUAGAUGUUAUCUUUGUCACUUCUCCAUCUACUAUGUUUUGUAUGACACAGAUAUGAAUCUGAAAGGAAAAGAUGUCUGGCAGUCUGACAAAUGUAUGAUGAAUAAUGGGUAACUUAGUCUUAAUUUCCAUGCUGCUUGCCCUAGUUAACACACUUGUUUAACUUCGCAUGCGUGUGUAAUUUGAGUGAAACAGUGCUUCUGUUUCAAUUGAUCUGUUAUGCCAGGUAACUACUGCUGCGCUCAAGCUGUGAGAUCAGAGUUAUUCAAAUGGCAAAGUACAUCUUUUUUUUCCCUCCUUUUUUUUUUUUCAAACUUAUUAGACUCGGUGAGUAACUGGUGAGCUAUCUCCAAUCUGCCUAAGCUCCUACAACCAGCACUCACUAUGCAGUUCAGUAUAGCUCUUAAUGAAGCCAAGAGCUGGGGUGGAUGUAUUUACCACUCACACUAAUUGUUCUCAACCUAAUACACUCACUUGCAUUCAUUUUUGUCUCAUGUCAUACCCUACUAAAUGUUCCAAACAGGUGCCCUCUUCAGUGUCCCAUAUUUUCCUGUACCACCUGCCACAGUGGUGAAGGUGGUCUGUCUGAACCCCUGGCCCCUGCACCAGUUCACCAUGCUGGGCUGUCAUGCUAAUGGUGGGUCUGUGGGACAGCUCUGUUGCACUUGAGCUAGGGAAUGAAAAGGUAGGGUGCAAUGGCAACUGUUACAUGUCAGUGACAGAAGGGUAACAGCUGCAUAGCACAGAUAAGAAAUAACUUUCAUGACAUAAAAAAUGGUAGUAGAAAUGGAGUAUUUUUUUAAGCAGUUCUGUCUCAAAAAAAAAAAAAAAGGCAACAAAUACAACCCAAACAAAACCAAAAAACAACCCCAAAAAGCCCUGGGCAUCCUUAAGCCUGUUCUUGAAUUCUGAAUGUAAAUACAGUAGUGCUAAGAAACCCCUUGUUCUCUCUGGCUUCUCCCAGAAAUUCAGCUGUGGUCUUAUGGGCUGGACUUUGUUCAGCCUGACCACUGUGCACCUUAAGAGAGGAAUAUGAGGGAACAUGUGACAAAUAUUUUUAUAACUCAAGACUAGAAAAAGACAACCUGAUAAAUGACCUUUAGUAUUAGGAAAAACAUGAUUAUUCUAGUACAGUUGCUUCUAAGUAGCACAAUGUAGACUUGAUGGAAACUUAACGAUAACUUGAAAUUCUUAUUCUGCAAUGUUCAUGUGGUAAGAGAGAGAGUUAGGGCUCUUCCCUGAGCGUGAGAGGUAACCCUCUGAAAGAUGGGAGGUGUUGAAAACGGGGGGCCAGAGGAUUACUCUGGGGGACACACACCCAACCUGUUGUAUUGCUAUGCAAAAUUGAUAAUGCCAUGUAAAUAUGAAACUCCUACAUGAUUUUUAAAGGGGGCAAAGACAGGUAAAACAGAGAGGCAAGUCUUGCUUUGCCUUUAGAAAUGGUAACCUUAAAAAAAAAAAUGCACUAGAAAGAUGUUAAUACACAUCUCACUGGAGCUUAGAACAGUGGGGAAAAAAGAAUGGGGUGGGAGGAGUAAGAUUUUAUAUAAAGGUUGAAAAAGAAAGGUACUUCACUUACUGGUAUUGCUACCACCUGGCUUCAGCAGUGGUCAGCAACAGAUGUGUGGUGGAUGGAGCAGUAUAGAUGCAUUUAAUGUAAAUAAAGUACAUGUUUUCAUUUUUAGACAAUAUCUUCCUGUUCUAGAUAGAGGAGAGAGCAAUUAUUCUGUGGCAGAGAGCACUGCCUUUUUCUUUAUUAACACAUAUAAUUAAGUAUGAAAAUGUUGAGGGCACAGGAUUUUGAAACAAAUUCCUCAGUCCUCUGUUCCAGACCUUUACCUUGCAGCGGGGUGAUCUCCUUGAAGAUGCUGUACUUUAACUGGGGGAGAGGGUAGGGGGUGUCUGUGGGAUGUGGUGUCUGUGGGAUGUUGGUCAUGCAGGAAUCCACAGGCUUGAUGUUUUCUACACAGAUUUCUCUUGCUGGUCUCUGGAAUUGUUGCAAACUGCUCUACAAGAAUGCAGUUGUCUGAAGAGCUGUGGGGGAAGCAGGCUGCUUCGGUAGGGAGGGCAUUUCAGGGAGACCCUUUCCUUGUGUUCUGUUUUCAUGGCAAACUGAAACAACUGGCUAAACAGCACUUGUCAUCCAGUUGUGAAAAAGAGUGUUUUCUCUAAGACAUUUAAUUUUUAGUCUUCCAAAUGUUUAGGUGUGUUUUGGUUGGUUUGUUUUUUUCCUCCCAACCUUUAGGUAAUGUGCCUUCAUCAUUCAUAUCUGUGAAGAUGUUAUGUGCCACAUGUGCAUGUCAUGCAAGUUUUUUGUGGCUUUUUAAGAAAUAUGGUUGCCUUUCCAAGUGCAAUUGCAUUGGAAGAAUAUGCAGAGUCACCAAACCACAAUUUCCAACAGGUUUUUUAUUGUGCAGGGAGGAAAAAGGCCAGGAGACAGUACUGACAAUCAAGAGACUAUUUUUAUUCUUAAACCUGUAUCAGCUGGCCUUUUGAGCAAAGUAGCCUCUAUAAAUCUUAUUUUCUCUAGAUUACUCUGGUUCUAUGAGGAACAGCCUCUGCAAAGUAGUGUCUAAAAAGAUCCACUCUUUUCCUUCUCUUUUUAAACAGGUUUAAUCCUUUCCUAUUGCAUUUUUUUAAAAUGUUGGAAUAUAUUAUAUAUAUUUUUUGUUGUUGCAAAAUAGCUGGCUCUAACACCACUUGCAUCUAGAAGAAAAUAUCUAUUUGCAGGCAAAUAACUAGUUCUACUUUGGCUAUGUUGUACUCCCAGCAGAUAUCUGAGAGUGAGUUAUGACUACAUCUUCUCUUGUCAGGUUGUAUGCUGGUCAACAAUGCUGGCACUUUGCAUCAGAUUGAUAUAGAAACCCCUAGUAGUAUUUUACCAUACGUCAUAUGUUGUGUUCCUGUUAAAAAAAAAAAAAAAGAAAAGAAAUGUGGCAGGAGUCAAUAAACACUGGCUUAUGUUAAA